UAAUAAUAAUAAUUAUUAUUUCGUUGAUCACUAAGCGCGUAAAUUUUUCUAGCAUAGCAUUAAUAUGGGUGAACCGACGAAAGUAGACUCCACUAUACAUAUAUAAUACACAAAUAUACUCACACGUACACCUAAUUUACAUUGGUGAUGGCGCUUGAUGGCGCUGACGCCGGCAAAAUACUAGUACUAAGACAGGUCUUCCCGUUCGUACUUUUGUUACCUCAGUAGUAUUUGGUUAGCCGCUGAGUCAGGUUGUCCGACAUCUUUUAAAAAAUUCAAUCAUGAUGGAUCAGAAAUAUGCAUUGGUAGCAGUACCACCAGAAUCUAAGGAAACAAGGAUUAUUGAGACUGAAAAAAUUUAUAAUUUUGAUAAAUAUAAUUUUACAACGAGAUCAAAAGUCUAUCGCUAUCAAGGUGAUAAUGGUAAUAAAGUCAAAUGUGCAAUAAUAAAGGUGGGAGCAACUGUAGAAGGAUUAAUAUACAUAUCAAGUCGCCUUCCACGUCCAAAAAUCACAAAUCAGUCAUCUUUAGGAUCUUCAGAUGAAGAAAAUGAAUCGGCAAUUGCGAAAGCUAAAAAAUAUAGAAAGGCAAGAAAAAAAAAAAAUAGUAAUUCAGCAAAAAAAAGGAGGAUAAAUGAUAUUGUUAAUAAAUUUAACGCAUCCGAGGGAACUGUUGAAAAGAUUGCGAAUAAGAACCGGCGUAAUAAUUACAUUUCAAGUAAUGAUGAAUCUGAAUCUGAAAAAGAAAAAGAAAAAGAAGAAAAAGAUAAAGAAGAAGAAGACGAAGAAGAAGAAAAUGAAGAAAAUGAUGAAAGAUAUGACAAUUGCCUCAAGGACGAUUAUUUAACAGGAGAAUCAGAUAUAUUUGACGGAGAAAAAGAUGAACAAGUUCGGGGAGAACAAACUGAUCAUACAGCAAAAGAAAAUGAAAUUGAAAUGAACGCAUUUAAACGUAUUAUUCCUGAAUCUGAUGAGGAAGAUGAUAUACCAAGAAAUUUAGAUAACGAUUUAAUAGAAGAAGACUUAGAUGAAACAUACGAUGAUGAAUUUGAACGAGCAAACGAUUUGGAAAACUAUCCAGAGAGAGAAACUGAAAAUAUUACAAAACGACCUAAUUUCGAUCCUUUCUUCAGUGCUACAACAGUGACUAAGUUACCAGCCGUAAAUUCAAUGGGUCGAUUACCACAAAUUCAACCUGGAUCGAGCAGAGUUAUUCAGUCAACUAAUGUAAAAAAACGAGAAAUAACAUCCACAGCAAAACCAACAAAUGCAUCAAGAAGAAUUCAAUUAAGAUCUAACAAUGGGACAAGUGAAAAAACUCAAAGUGGAGCGUACUUAAAUUUGGUAGAACAAUGCAAGCAACAGGAAUUGGAAAUAAAAAAAUGGAAACAACGUGCACUACUGGCAGAAGCUGCUUACCAAGCUCAACUAAAUAAACGUGACAGGCCGAGUCAACAGCCACAGCCCCGUCAGUCCAGAAAUAAUCGGGCUCUUGCAAACGAGGAUUAUUUUAAUAAUGAUACAUUCCAUAUUGGUGAUGAUAUUUACAUUCCUAGUGCUGUACACUUAGCAGCAACUACUUCAAAUUGCAAUCAAACUUUCAUCACUCAAAUGUCACACGCAAUUUGGGGAAUUGAAACUUUGUCGACUAGGGUAGUUAAACAAUCAUCAAGUACUGGUAAUAAAAAGGAACUAACACCUCGUAAGCGAGAGCUGUUAGCCCGUCAUUACAAUGCAUUUUUACAAGACAAAAAUUAUAGCAAAGAAAAAUUGAAUUAUGAAAAGGCACGUUUAUCAAGCUACUUGGGGGGCGCAAUUACUGCUGCUCGCACAAAGUAUGAAAAAAUUCGACGCAGAGUUGCGCAUUAAAAAAAAUUAAUAUAUUUGAAAGUUUAAAUUGAAUUAUAUA